CUAUCUCAAUAGCAACUGACUAAAAACUUUGUUUACAUUUUAAAAUAAAACUAAAUAGUUGGAAAUACAGUAUACAAGAUAUGGAAAUCACACUGGCUCUGAUAAAGCCGCACGUGCUGCGGAACACUUACGCGAUGCAGCAGAUCCGGGCCCUGAUCUCCCAGAACUUUACGGUCCUCGACCAGAAAGAGGUUUGCAUAACGAAGGAACUCUCAGAACGAUUCUACGAGGAACACCAGGGAAAAUUCUUCUACCACCGUCUUACGAGCUUUAUGAACAGCGGACCUUGUUAUGCCCUGAUCCUUCAGUCGGAGGCCUGCAUCCAGAAGUGGCGCAGUCUUCUAGGACCCACCAAGGUUUUCCGAGCCGUCUAUAGCGAUCCCAACUGCAUCCGAGCGUUGUACGGGUUAUCCGAUACCCGUAAUGCCUGCCAUGGAUCCGAUAGCGAAGCAUCUGCCCUCCGUGAGAUUGGUAUCCUGUUUCCAGAGUUCAACGCCGCUGAAAGAAACCGACAGGCGAAAAAGGAGGCGUAGCAUUCUGCUUCAUCUUUGUAAAGAUGCCCUAUAGCAUUUCUAUUAUAAGCUAUUUAAUGUCAAAGAUUUCGAGCUGGCUCAUAUAAAAAGCCUAUAAGGUUGUAAAAGAGCCACCGAAAGUGUGCUUAUUUAUUUUUGUUAUCCCAAUAUUAUUGUAAAGACAUCAAACUAUACCAAUAUUAAGUUAAGUUUGUAGUAAAACGUAAUGA